AUGGAAAAACUUCAAUUUAUCAUAACAACUCUUAAAAUAGGAGAUGAUAUCACCUAUCAAAAAAAGAAAGGAAAUCAUUUACAAAUUCAUUUUUAAGAUUUCAUAAAUAAUCAAUUCUUCUAUUAAAUAUCUCAUCAAAUGAAUUUAAGAUUAAAACUAAAAAAGAUGAUGAUCCUCCAUUUAAGUUUCAAAUAGGAGUAUUGAUGAUAUUAUAACUGGAUUUACAUUAAAUACUUAAUAAAAUGACCAUAAGAGAAAAAAGUCAAAGCAGAAAUCCCUCAUUCAAAUUGGCUAAUAAAGAGAUGGAUUGACUUACAAAAUCCAAUAAUAAAUAAAAAAUUAAUCUUGAAAAUUGAGUUAAUAUGAAUAACAUUCUGAUC